UCCAGAACAUUUCAAUUGUACUGUAAAUUGCUGGAGCAGGAAUGCGGGCCAUCCCGCAAACUGUGUGGCUCUCCGCCCGGCAGUAACUAUACGUCACCUUCUCUACCUCCCUUCUUCUCUACAAUCAGCUACACCUAUCUACUGUCUUUCCUCAGGCACCUUUUCUCGCCUUCAUCUGACUUGGCGAUCUAUAAUUUCCCCUACUCGUCUUACAGCUUCUUUUGACGCUCGUAUAAACGUUGCACCAGAGCUUACCCCACCUUGUAACAACAGAUCGCACCUCGCAUAAUCAUGGCUAGUUCCGAUCUGGACCAGCUCAUUGAGAUGGGCUUUGACCAAGAAAGAGCACAGUUGGCGGUCUCGAAGGGCGGUGGUAUCCAGGGUGCUCUCGAAUGGCUCGAAGUGAACCAAGACAAGUCCCUCGAAGAAAUCAACGCUGCCGUAGCCGAACAGGAGUCGGAAGAAGGUCCAGCGCUCCAACCUGGCGAGGUCCCCCGCAGUUUGGUUUGCAAUGAGUGUGGCAAGAAGUUCCGGAGUCAAGCCCAAGCGGAAUUCCACGCGUCCAAGUCUGAACAUGUCGACUUCGCGGAAUCAACGGAGGAAAUUACACCCUUGACGGAGGAGCAAAAGAAGCAGAGACUGGAUGAUCUGAGAGAGAAACUCGCGGCGAAGCGAGCGGUGCAGGGUGAGCAGGAAAAGGCUGACAAGAAGCGAAAUGAGGAAAUCAAAAGGAAGAGCACCAAGGAAUCACAGGACAUCAAGGAGGAGCUCGAUAAAAAACAACGGUUGAAGGAGGCACAGAAGAAGAGGCAAGAGAGGCAGGAUGACAUCGAAGCAAAGAAGCGCGUCAAGGCCAAGAUCGAGGCAGACAAGGAAGCACGACGGUUGAAAGCUGAACGGGAGAAGGCCGAACGAGCUGGCCAGGCACCUCCUCCUCAGCCGGCACCCGCUGCUGGUCCGACAACCUCCGGCCCUGUUGCCUCCAAGCCUGCCUCCGCCUACACAGAGACUCGUAUGAGAUUCCAGACGCCCAAGGGCAAUGUCAUGAAGACGUUCCCAGUCACCACGACCCUUUUUGAGGUCGCCGCGGCCUUGAAAGAACAAGACGAUGUCGAUACGACAAGCUUCCUGCAGACCUUCCCCCGGAAAGUGUUCAACAAUGAGUUUUUCGGCGAGAGCUUGAAGGACCUUGGUCUCAUUCCUAGUGCAAGUCUUAUCAUUCAGUGAUCUCAGAUCUGUUUUUUUUUUUUUUUUUUUUUUUUUUUUUUUU